AAGUUCUAUAAUUGUAGGGAAAAUUAAUACAUAUCAUGUAUAUUGUUAUUUGAAAAUUGUUUUCGGAAAAGUACGAAAGUACAAACAAAUAAUAACAUAAACGUAAAUAUUAAUAUAUCGAUAAUUGAAUGGUAAUUUAAAGUAAUAUAAACCCUAGAAACAUUAUUAUUUCCAAAGUUUGUUUAGAAUUUUUUAAAAGGUUACUUGUUAUAUAUAUAAUAUCGAAUAAUUUUUUUCGUGCUGAAAUUUCUUUAAAACCUUUAUUUGUGUCUUUGAAACGAAAAUUAUGGAAUUGUUGGAAAAAGAAUGGUUUAUUGAAGCUCCCUGGGGAAGAAUAAGCAUUAUUGCAUGGGGAAAUUGCUAUGAUCCACCUGUACUGCUCUGCCAUGGAACAAUUGACUCUGCUGCUUGUUUCAGGCCACUCAUCAGACUGUUACCACAGAAGUUUUACUAUAUAGGUAUAGAGUUGCCAGGCAAUGGAAAAUCAGACCCAUUCCCACGGGGCAUGGUACUAACACUAUAUGACUUUGUGUAUGCUGUUCAUGUUGUAGUGAACCACUUCAGAUGGGAAAAAUUUAUUGGUAUAGCUCACUCGUUUGGUUCCUCUGUUGUGAAAAUAUACAACUUAUGUUAUCCAGGCAAAUUAACAAAAAUUAUAGAAUUUGAUCCGGCAUUACAUAGGAUGGUGACCCUGGGAGAUUUUCACGACUGGUACCAAGUGACUUUUGGUGAUUUUUUCAAAAACUUUGACGAGUAUAACAUCGAUAAUGAAAAAACUAAGAAGGUGUCUAAGGCUGAGGCUAUUCAGAGUUCCAUGAAACGCCGCCAUUUGUCAGAGGAAUGUGCGAAAGAGACUUUAGAGAGAAUUUCUAUACCCGCUGGUGAUGGCUUCGUGAGAUACACCUACGACCGCCGUUUAAAAGCUAUACAAACGCCACCAUACACGCCCGAACACUACAAGGAUGUUUUGACAAGUGUCAAAACUCCAACGUUGUCUAUUAUAGCUCAGGACACAAUCGACUUUGGAAUCUAUGAACAGACGCCAUUUUUGUUGGACGAAACGGCGUAUCCGAACGGCAAUUGUCGGAUUAAAAUUGUCAAGGGUUCGCAUGAUGUGCAUUAUAAUAAUCCGAAGUGUGUUGCAGAUUAUGUUAAUGAGUUUUUAAUUGGUGGCUUUAAAGCUAAAUUAUAGUUACCACGAGUAAAUGGUUUUUGAAGUUAUACUUCUUUUGGCGCGUAAGGGUGCGUACAGACUAUGUAACAUAUUAUAGAACUUGUGUUUUAUAACACGUCCACAUUAUGUAACCUU